AUAGCGGAUUAGCAAGAAGGAACUGUGGGAAAUCUCUUCAGAGUGAAACCUGGAACAAUGUAUCCUCUGUGGAUGUAGUAUUCAUAUCAGAUAGCGGUAGCCAAUUUCCCGGAUUUUUAAUGUGUUUCAGUCUUCAACGCGUGGACCCCUGUACUGUUGGUGAACCUUGCAAUGGUGGAACAUGUACCCCUGACGCUGAUUUAACCGACUUUAGUUGUACCAACUGUCCGCAAGGCCUCACCGGAAAACGCUGUAACGAAGAUCCAUGUGAAGGAAACCUGUGUAAGGACGGCAAAACAUGUAAACCUUGCCCCGACUGCAAUUCAACGACAAAAAACAAACAAUGGAAAAAGUGCUGUAAACAGACAUGCAAAGGCAAAGGUAAAAGUGGAGGCAAUAGACGCUGUGUGAAGAAAUGCAAGGAAAGAAAGAUGUAUUACUGCAGCUGAUCAGGAUGAGGACCUUAGAGAGCUGCACCCGAACAAUACCUAUCCCCUGGACUACGUUAUGGAUCACAUUUUAAUUUACCUUAUUGCUUGAUUACUUUAUUAGCCAUGUUACAUACUUAUUUUCACAAAAUCAUAACCUCAAUCAUCAGCGUUUGUCAGCUUACUGGCAGCCAUCAUUGUUCCUUGUUUUACCAAACCGUCGUUGUUUAUCUGUGUAUAUUAUCUUCAAAACACUAUUUAAGGGUCAGUUAAUCGCGAGGUUGAUCCCAGAACAUUUUGAUGAAUCUGAUAUCUUUACAACUCAUCGUUAGUUUUAGGUCAAAAGAGCAAAAUCAUCAAUAGUCAAAAGUCCUUAGCGAAAGGGCAACAACAUCAAUUGUCAACAGUCCUAGGUCAAAGGGCAACAACAUCAAUACUCAAUAGUCCUAGGUCAAAGGGCAACAACAUCAAUACUCAAUAGUCCUAUGUCAAAGGGCAACAACAUCAACAGUCAACAGUCCUAGGUCAAAGGGCAACAACAUCAAUACUCAAUAGUCCUAGGUCAAAGGGCAACAACAUCAAUACUCAAUAGUCCUUGGUCAAAGGGCAACAACAUCAAUACUCAAUAGUCCUAGGUCAAAGAGCAACAACAUCAAUACGCAGAAGUCCUAGGUCAAAGGGCAACAACAUCAAUACUCAAUAGUUCUAGGUCAAAGAGCAAAAAAAAAGCGCAAAAGUCCUAGGUGAAAAGGACAACAACAUCAAUACACAAUAGUCCACAGCCUCCUAUUAAGGGUAGAUCCACAGCCUCCUAUUAAGGGUAGAUCCACAGGCUCCUAUUAAGGGUAGAUCCACAGUCUCCUAUUAAGGGUAGAUCCACAGCCUCCUAUUUAGGGUAGAUCAACAGCCUCCUAUUAAGGGUAGAUCCACAGCCUCCUAUUUAGGGUACAUCCACAGCCUCCUAUUUAGGGUAGAUCCACAGCCUCCUAUAAAUGGUAGAUCUACAACCUCAAAUAUUUUUGUGAGAUGCACAUGAAUCUUUACUAUAUACAUUAAAAUAUUUAUCUAACUUCAAAAUUGGUAAUAUAUUUUGUAAAAGAAAUCUUGACAAAUAAUAGCAGAAAACGGUAGGAUAGCGUUGAGUAGCCCUAUCUAAAUGGCACGCAGACAUGUUCUCAAGCCAUUUAAAUAUGCCGCCAAUAUAAAUAAUUGCAUAUGGUGAAUUUGUAGCUGAAUCAACUGACCCCGUUUUGAUUACGUUAUAACCAUUCUGUCGUCUAUGAUACUCUCAUUAUUAAAUAUUAUAACAUUAUGUGAAUAUGAUAAGAGUAGUAUAUCAUUUCUAGUUUUUCUGUAUACUUAAUUACUAUAUGCAUAUUAAUAGCAGUAUUGCAACCAAAUCGAUGUUGAAAUUAUGAAGGAAAAAAAUAUUUUUAUUUCUGUUUGAUAGGGCAAAAGUAUGAAAACCACAAACGAUAAUACCUACCGAUGAAAAUUGUGUGGAAAAAAAAUCUUGAAAUUUACUUUUGAUAACCUAUGACAUUUAAUAGUCAAAUAAUUUAUUGAAAUUUUCUUAGCCAAAAGUAUCUUUUAUGGUGUUUAUUUUAUCUACUUAAUGUGUUCUCAUUGUGGCUUACACAACAUACUGUUUCACUUUAAUAUAAAUAAAUCACAUCUGCUGAA